AUGCUGACUCUCGCAGUGCGACAGCAUCAAGCCCUGUCAACAUUGUCGCGCGUCGAAUCUUCCAUGCCGCUCUGGCCCCAAACGGCGCACCAAGACCCCUACGUUUGCGAAGAGAAACGUGCCGUUGCUGGAAACGCAGCAGCAGAGUCUAGUGAAGGGACUUUGGGAACUGUAUCGACGAGUGCACGAGGACCGCAACUGGAUGUGUCCGACGCAGCUGCCGGGGAAGAAACCCUUGACGCACGAGAUCCUGGCUCAGUUAGGCGUGCUGGACGAGGUUGGCGAUUGCGGAAGUGCGGAGAUACCAGUCGAACAGAAGAUUUCGAGGCCGAACGAGGAUGGAUUGAUGAGACCACGGCAUUCCUACGAGGCGGAACCCCCGACGGACGACGUGCUCUCUGCGACAGAAUCGAGCGAGCGGACGGACUGUACGUUCGGGGUAGGCGUGGCGGAAGAAGAAUACUGGUGAGCUAUACGGGCCAUAUGGAGUAG